GGACAGGCCCUCCAAACCACGUGGGACAUGUUACACGCCACGGCCUUAGAGACAGAGAGCCACCCCGUCCAGUCAUACAGAAGAAGAACAAACCCGCUGCACCGAAAGAACAAUGGGAGUCGACGUCUUAACCGUGAGACCCGGAGACGGAAAUACUUUCCCUCAGAAAGGACGGACUGUUACCGUGCACUACGUCGGCACGCUGACAAAUGGAAAGAAGUUUGAUUCGUCCAGGGACCGGGGAGAGCCCUUCACGUUCAAACUGGGAGCUGGAGAAGUCAUCCGUGGCUGGGAUGAAGGUGUAGCUCAGAUGAGCCUCGGCCAGGUUGCCAAGUUGACCUGCUCGCCGGACUUUGCGUACGGCAGCAGAGGAUACCCACCCAUCAUCCCAGCUAAUUCCACUCUCAUCUUUGAAGUGGAGCUUCUCAAAUGCUGAGUGUUUAAACCACCAGCGGCUCUUUUUUUUCUCUCUCUCUUUUCCAUUCCACCCACAUUUUUCACACAAAUAUCCAUCAGAUCAAACAUCCAUUUGUAUCUCAAGCAUAAGCUAGUCACUAUAGAAAUAAAUCAAAUAUCUUGGUAUAAUUGAAAUCAUGCUGCGUAUUGUUGGUGCUAAGAUGACGCUCAGGCCUACAAACUUUAAUGGAAUAGUACAACAUUUCGGGACAUGUGCUUGUUGCUGAGAGUCUGAUGAGAUCAAUGAUAUGCCCACGUCUGUCCAUCAAACUUGAAACAUCCAGAAUGAAGACUGAAAGCUAGCCUGUCUCUGUCCAUCUAAUGCUACCCUGUACAUACAUUUAUUUUUAUUUUUUUUUGGUUAAUUUGUCCAAAAAGCAAAUCAUACAAAUAACAGUAACUUUGUUCGUUUUGGGACUCAUUAAACAGUAAAAGAUGAAACUUAUUUGAGUUGUAGAGGGCCAGGCAGCUGUGUGGAGACAGACAUGGCGCCGUAUUAAUCUAAUUACCUCACUUUCAGUAAGAAAUCUUUCCCUAAUUAACAAAGAAUUUCUUUAAAACUAAGCACGUGUAAUAUGUUUAAAAGGGCAGAAAUUUAAACUGUCAUAUAAAAACAAGACAAAAAAGGAAAUGGUUUCUGAAUCUGGUCAGGUUGUUGAUCAUCAAGUUGACCAUUCAGUGCAACUUUGCUGUUCAAGUCAAUGAUUUAUUUUGGCCUUCAUCCGUACAUUUGUCCGUUAGAUCUUUACUUUAAAUGUUAGAAAAAUAAAGGCACAUGAUAGAAUUAGAGCAAAGGAUCCUCACAUAGAUGUUGGACACCAGUCUUAGCAAACCUUUGUUUUUUUUGCAGUGUUUUAAAAGUAGUGUGGUAUUAUUGGUGUGAACACGUGACGCCUUUAAUGAAAUGAACUUUGACACAAUGUAAAGAAACUCUUUGUAUGUUUUGAAAGUGGUAAUUUAAUUCAUCCUUCUGCUGUGUUGCUAUUUACAGUAUUGAGAAACCUUAAACUCUCCUCCUGGGUCUCAUAUAUAGACUGAAGUGUCCUUGUGUUCUCUCACAUUGCCAACAUAUGCUUUGGUAACUCCUUGUUUUCUUUUCAUCAAUAAGAAAUGAUCUUAUCUGUGGGUAUUGCCUUCUUGCAUUAAAAACAGUAUACUCUAUA